UCUAACCUGCAACUAAUGCAAACAUAACAGUGGAGGAAAAAAAUGAUGCAAAAGAGUGAAGCAGCUGCAGGACAGCCACAGUGCGGACAGAGUAUGAUUUUUACAGGCCCAGAUGGAAUCGGAGACUACCGGCCGAGAUCAAAUUAUUUCCCUCGGUACAUCGGUGCAGGCGCCUCAUCACCUGAGGCCACAGGUGACCUCGGUUACUUGUGCCAAGCCGCACCACAUGCACCUCCUCCUUUGCCCAGACAGAGCUGGGUAGGGGAGGUUGGCUGGGGCUGGCAGUGUAACCAGCUGUUGAACAGCGGGGUGCUGCUCAGCAACAUGCAAAUUAAGAAGACGGAUAUACGGGCAGCGUUGGAGGACAGAGUGACUCAGAGGUUCCAGAACAAACAGAAGAACAUGACGGAUGACUCACUCCGAGUCAACACCAAGUUUCACAGAGACACUCAGAGCUAACAGCAGAUGGCAUUCUACUUCCCACGGCGGCUGCAGGACCUGACUGUUAACGAGCUGUGUCGAGUUUGA